CUCAUCGAAGUUCAUCUAAUCUUAACAGUGAAAAUGCAGUGAUAUAUCAUUCAGGUAGCUUUAAUUGUUUGAUCAAAAAUGGAAGGCAAGGAAGGAAACGAACUUUUUCCAGAACCGAAGAAUCCACAAGCCGCCGCAGCCAGCAGCGAAUCCAUUUCAACAUCCGAUCGUUCUGCAUCUUUCCCACACGAAACUUCAAGCACCAGUUCCAAAGAAUCUGAAUCGCCAUCGAAGUCACUGUGUUCGUCAUCCUCUACCUCCUCGGAACAUGUGCCCGCCGAAAUUAUCCCUCUAAAGGUUCUGAGGGAUUCGACUAAACUUGGUCAAUCUGAUGAUCCACCACUUCUUCAGGGAGAAAAGGUCCAGGGAAUAGGAAAGGAUGUAACCUAUCUGUGCCCAUACAGUGGAGCUGUGAAGGGUACCCUCACUGUCACAAACUACAAACUUUAUUUUAAAAGCUCAGAGAGGGAAUCUCCAUUUAUCCUUGACGUGCCACUUGGUGUCAUCAGUAAGAUAGAGAAGAUAGGAGGCGCCACUAGUCGUGGGGAAAACUCCUACGGCAUAGAUCUCUUAUGCAAGGACAUCAGAAACUUGAGGUUUGCACAUAGACAGGAAAACCAUUCAAGAAGACAAGUGUUUGAAAAAAUCCAACAUUAUGCCUUUCCCAUUACAAAUAAACAGCCUAUAUUUGCCUUUGACUUGGCAGAAGAUUAUGGAGAAGAUGGAUGGAAAGUAUUUGAUCCUAUGACAGAAUUUAAACGACAGGGACUACCAAAUGAGAGUUGGCGAGUGACACGGAUCAAUGAAAAUUAUGAAUGUUGUGACACCUAUCCCUCUUUGUUUGUUGUACCAGCUGCUACAACAGAUGAGGAUGUCAAGCAAGUGGCCAGUUUUAGAACUAAGGGGAGACUACCUGUUUUAUCAUGGAUACACCCUCAAAGUCAGGCCACCAUCUCGCGCUCUGGACAGCCCCUGGUGGGUGUGGUCAACAAACGCAACAAAGAUGACGAGCGUUACAUACAGAUGAUCAUGGAUGCCAAUGCUCAAUCACAUAAACUCUACAUUAUGGAUGCACGACCAAGUGUUAAUGCACAGGCUAACAAGGCAAAAGGAGGAGGUUAUGAACGAGAGGAGAACUACCAGAAUGCUGAAGUGGUAUUUUUAGAUAUACACAACAUCCAUGUCAUGAAGGACAGUUUGAGGAAAUUAAGAGAUGUGGUGUUCCCGACAAUAGAUGAUGCUCACUGGCUGACUAAUAUUGAAUCAACACACUGGCUCGACCACGUAAAGCAAAUUUUGUCAGGUGCACUGAGGAUAGCAGACAAACUAGAGUGUAACAAGACUUCAGUGCUAGUGCAUUGUAGUGAUGGAUGGGACCGGACUGCUCAGUUGACAUGUCUGUCUAUGAUCAUGUUGGACCCAUUCUACAGAACUGUCAUUGGCUUCGAAGUCCUAAUAGAAAAAGAAUGGCUGAGCUUUGGACAUAAAUUUGCACAGAGAGUUGGUCAUGGUGAAGAUAAACAUUCAGAUGCCGACCGAUCACCCGUGUUCCUCCAGUUCAUCGAUUGUGUGUGGCAAAUUAUGCGUCAGUUUCCGAAUGCCUUUGAGUUUAAUGAGCAUUUUUUAAUAACAAUCAUGGAUCACCUGUACAGUUGUCUGUUUGGGACAUUCCUGUGUAACUGUGAACAACAGAGACAUAAAGAGAACCUGAAGCAGAAGACGGUGUCAUUGUGGUCGUUUGUGAACUGUCAGAAGGAGGAGUUCAUUAACCCACUAUAUGCAGCCUAUGUUCACCAGCACGUUCUCUUCCCAGUGGCCAGCAUGAGGAGGAUUGAAUUGUGGACUGGUUAUUACUGCCGCUGGAACCCACGCAUGAGGCCACAGGAACCCAUACACCUCAGGAACAGGGAGUUGAUCAUACUGAAAGCUCAACUUCAAAAGACAGUGGAGGAACUUCAGCAGGAACUGGAAGCCAGAAACUCCGGAGGUGGAUUAUCUCCAGAACGUCACAGUCCUCCAAGGAUAUCAGCUCCUAUCAAUGUAUAGUGAUGGAAAAGAUUAAUGGACUUUAUAGUGAUACUAACAUUAUAAUAACUAUUAACAUGGUUAAUAGAAUAUGUCCCAGAGAAUGCUGUUUGUAACAGUAGAUGAAGGGGCUUGUCAUGGCCAGCUUAAAUGAAAUGGCAUUUUUCUGUUGAUCUGUUGCCAGUGUAGAGAAAACUAGGAGGGAAUCCACUGACAGGGGAGAUAAUCUCCUUUACAGGGGAGGUAAUUCAUACCAAAACUUACAGGGGCCAUAAUCUAUAUUGAUUCACCAGUCUGAAUUUCCAUUUGACAAGGUUAAAAAGAGAUAUUUCAGGGAAUAUGGACGUCAUAGUCAGGACUGUCUCGUCAAAUUUUCAUUUAUUUAUGAAACAGCGAAAUAUACAUAUUUAUCAUCUACAUCUAGAUUUUUUCAUGAUAAAUUUGUGCACAAAUUAGACUAGCAGAGAUGUUCUAAAGAGUGAUAUCAUUCAAAGCCAGUUUUUGGCAAUAGCCUGCUAUUCAUGAUAUUUAUCAGCAUCAUUUAACCAGGCAUUUCUCAAAAUAUUCAACCAUUCUUAGAAAUAACUAUAAAAAAGAAAAGGUUUGUCAUUAGAAUAGAGUUAGUUUAUUAAAAACAAAAGACUUGAUUCAGAUUUUGUUUAAAAUGUUUGUGUAUUUGUCAGUGGUUAAAAGAACAAAUUUGAGUAUAGGUAAACAAUAGCUUUGACAAUCUUUCCAGGUAGGAGCGAGUCGAGGAGGGGGUCAAACUUAAUACUUUAAUUAUUAGUAUUCAAAUGAUUGCCUUAACAUAUUUGUAGCUUGUAUUGAAAUAUGGCAUUGUCCGAGACAUAAAUAUGUGCAAUAUAUAAAUUGAUUUAAAUGUUUUAUUAGUGGCUCUGGAAAGGUGUUAGAAUGUGGAGUGUCUUUGGAAUAUAUGAGAAAAAGGGGUGUGAUUGAGUAUAAAUGUUUUUUGUAAGGUUAAAUGUCAAGUCUUGUAUGUAAAAUGCGACAGCGGCACUCAUGAAUGGAUGGUGUGACUAAGGGUAAGCCAUGUCUGUAUGGUGUGAUAUGGAGGGUGUGUCUCAAAAGGUGUGGUGGAAGGGCCCCACAUAUGUAGAUGGUAUGACCAACUGGGCAUUGUAUGGCAUGACACAGAGGAUGUGUCUUGAAGGUGGGGCUGGAGGGUGCUCACAUGUGUAGAUGGUAUGACCAGUUGGAUGAUGGAUUGUAAAACACGGAGAAGAUGUCUGGAAGGUGAAGCAGGAAGGUGACACAUGUGGAGGUAUGGACCAACACAGAGGAUGUGAAAGAUAUGAAAGUGGUGUGACUAGUGUAUCGUAUGAAAUGGAGGUGAAUUCACGGAUGUUAAAUACAGAUGUGUAUAGAUAGGGAAGAAGAUGUAGAUCUCUAUGGUGUUUGUAAGGUAUGGCCAUAAAGGGGUGCAGCUGACGACCUGUCACAGAGUUGGAUGAAUGAGAGAAGCGUUUCUAUGAUUUUUAGUAAAAAUUAUAAUUAUGAUACAGUAAGUGAGGUAAGGGGAUAAGGCUUAUUUGAUGAGGUAACUGUAAUGUCUCUCUGCUGCAAGUUAAAUGAGAGUUUCUUGAUCUGUUCUCAUGUGUUUCUUAAAUGAGUAUGCCUUGUAACUACUUUUCGUUGAUAGAAACAUUCAACAGUGCAAGAAAUUUGUAUUAAUUUGUCUUUUAAGAAUGAAAUAAUUAUUGAUCAAUUAGUUGGAUAAUGUCUCUAUAAAAAAAUCAGUUGUUACUGAAAGCAAUGAACUAAGAGUUGAUUGGAGGUGAGCGAAUUCUGAUUUGAUUCAAUUUACCUUCUAAUAACUAUUAAUUAGCUAGCGAGUCAUUAAUAUUAUUUUGAAUAGUACCAAUUUUAUUUGUCAAUAAAAGUUAAUAUAUUUGUAUUAAUUGUCAGUAUAAUUUCCCAUCAUGUAACAUCCCUUGUUUUGCCUUUAUCAAUUGUUUGUAUAGACUUCAGCGUAAUCCCAUUUGGAUACCAAGCAUAUGGUACAGUUGUUCUGACUAGAGAUCGUACAAGUAGUGUGUGUAAUAUUUUUUAAAAGUAUACUCUUUUUUAACUAAUUAGUUAGUUUAUUAUAGUCUUAAUUUUGAAAUGCAUUUAAUGAUUGAUGACAACAUGAAUUAUUAUGCAAUAAAUAAAAGAAAGUUU